UGCAUUUAAAAAUGAAAACAUAGUCAGACGCUACCAAUUACGAGUUACGACGCUAUUUCAAAGAAAAGACGAGAAAUAUAAAGCAAUGUCCAAUUAUACGGAUUUAGUUAGUAAAAUAGGAAAGGAUAGUUCUAGAGCGGCAUGUAAAAAGUGUGGUUAUGCGGGGCACUUAACAUUUCAGUGUAGAAAUUUUAUAAAAGUUGAUCCGAACAAAGAGAUAGUGUUAGAUGUGAGUAGCACUAGCAGUGAUAGCGAGGAUGAUUAUAUUACACCACUCCAAGGUUUAAGAGAGGCUGAGCUGAAACAGAAGUUAGAAGAAAAACUUAAAAAAGCAAAAGAAAAGAAAUCAAAGAAGAGUAAGAAAAGAAAGAGAUCAAGGUCACGGAGUAGCUCAACCGACACCAGUGAUUCAGACAGAAAGAGGAAAAAAAAGAAAAGCUCAACCGACACGAGUGAUUCAGACAGAAAGAGGAAAAAGAAGAAAAAAUCCAAAAAGAAGCACAAAGAAAAGAAAAAAAGUAAAAAAUAAACUUAUUCACUUUGUAAAAUCUCAAUUUCCAAUAGAUACUGAAUAAUUUUUAAUGAAUCUGUGUCUUUAAUUAUAAGAAAUAAUAAAUUUUGUCAUAAA